CUUUGCGUCCAUGGCGGUUUUCCUUGGCUACAUUCCAGUGGGUGACGAAAGCGGAAACCGGUUAUAGCAAGCUACCGACGCUCAAAACCUCGACCACCUCAACAAAGAACACACCCGAUUCCGGGACCAUCGCACCCUCUACGUCAAUCUUCUCUCAUAAUCACCUCCACUCUAGUCCCAACCGAUGUCGUCGCAAACGGCCACCAAUCGAACAAGAAUGGACAAGUCGCAUAUAACCUGUCCCCGACCGCAUCCAGCACCGUCUCCCUCCCUCCGCCCGCCGUAGCUACCUACUCAUCGCAUUUCUCGAAAGUCCCUUCCUCCUCCUCCUCCUCCUCCUCCUCCUCUUCACUCGUUAACUUGAACCCGCCCGCCCGUUUUUUCCCAUGCACGUACCCGAUCUCCUCGUUCGGGCUCUCAUUUACAGUUCAGCGACUUGGGAUCCUUAUCCUCACUCCAAACGGCCUACUACGACUGUUACCGUCGACGUGACGACGACGAAGACGAGGACGCCGACUGUGACGGGGACGACGACGACGGUGACGACGUCGACUACGACUACGAAGGUUACCAAGCCUACUGAGACAGGGACGACCACUACCGCCACGCAUUCCAACAUGCCGCCCUCCACCAUCACAAUCCUCACGACGUCCCUCUUGACGCUCACCACCAUCCUGCCCACCGCUACCGCGCAGUUCCCGGGUCCCAUUGAAGGCCUCCCUCAGUGCGCUCAAACCAUCAUCUUCGAGCGUCUAGCCAACAGCCAAUGCAACCCGGCCAGCUUCCCGUGCAUCUGCGACGAGCUCGCUCGCCAACAGGUGGGCGAGGCCAUCCGCCGGGCCUGCUCUGAGAGUGAUUUCGCGGCCUACCAACGCUUCGUCAACACCAUCUGCGCCAACAUCCGCCCCGUGGUCGUCAACACUACUACUACGACCGCCCGCAUCAACACCACCACCACCGCCACCCCCAUCACAAGGAUCAUCCCCCUCACCACCACCACCGGCGGGCGUAACGUGACAAUAACCACACAACAACAAACCGCGACCGGCCCCUUCGCCAACAUCACCACCACCAUCAUCCCGCCGCCCACCACGGCCGUGAACCCAACAAAACAACAGUUCACCACCACGCGCAUCUCCAUCACGACGACGGGGCCCCAGGGACAACCCACGACGUUGGUGUCGGAGACGGUGUUGCCGGUUGCACCGCCGACCGAGACCGAGACGGAGGCGCCGAGCGCGCCGUUUGAAGGGGGUGCGGCGCCGGGAGUUAAGGGGGGCGAGGUUGAGGUGUUUGGGGUUAGGGGCGUGUGGGUGCUGGGGGCCUUGAUGGGGGGGACGGGGGUUGUGUUUGCUUGGUUGUAGGUAGAGUCUGUUAGUCUGUGGUUAGUAUGUUUUGAGUUUUGAGGUAGGUUGGUUGGUUGGUUGGUUUGGUUGGUUGUGACUUGAGUUUUUCGGUUUGGGAGGGUUAUGUUUAAUCCAUGGAGAGAGAUGUGUGGGUGGGUGGGCUGCAUGGGGUAAGGUAGAGUAGGGUAGGGUAGUUGGAAUGCUGUAUGUUUUUGCGUUUUUCUCCAAUGGGGUGGUCGUAUAGUGCGUUGCUUUUGUGUUGGCUUUGGCUUGGUGACGUGAGGUGAGAAACAAGUUAGCCUCUACUACAACUAAGAGUCGUGGCCAUGUUGUCUCGCCCGUCUAGAUUGAGUGAG